AUGGCUAAUUCGCGCACGAACCAUUUGAUUACUUUCGCAGCUUUCUUUAUCGUUGGAGUUGUGCGAUGUGAAGAAGUGAGUAGGAGUAGGACUGAUCAGAACAGUUCCAGUGCGUAUCCAGGUGGUUUUUCGUUUGAGAUCAUUAUGACGAAGCUGCAAGUGCUGGAGUAUAACGUGGACCGUAUGGCGAAAUCCAUUACUCAGCUAGUUGAAACUACGCAGCCGCUGAUUGCUGAGCUUCGCGGAAGCAACUUUACUUCCUGUAGCAAGCUGCCGGUCAAUGUGAGUGGUAUAUAUAAGAUUCAACCGGAGAAACCUUUCAAGCAACCGAUGAGCGUGCUACGCGAUCAAGAGUACGAGUCCGGAGGAUGGACAGUGAUUCAACAACGUUUCGACGGUUCUGUGGAUUUCUAUCGCGGCUGGCAGGAGUAUAAAAACGGCUUUGGUUCGUUGGAAGGCGAGUUCUGGUUGGGCUUGGAUCGCAUCCAUCAGUUGACCGCGUCGAAGCCAAAUGAGUUGGUGGUUUUGCUGGAAGACUUCGAUGGCAACCGGACUUAUGCAAGGUACGAGCGAUUUUCGAUUGGAGACGAGGCUCAAAAGUAUUUGGUGGCAAGCAUAGAUGGAUAUUCAGGCACGGCAGGAAAUGCUAUGAGUGGAAUAAAAGGAGUUCCAUUUACCACCCUGGAUUCGGAUAAUGAUACCUGGUACAAGAACUGCGCGGUUCAAUUCACAGGCGCCUGGUGGUAUACAGCGUGCCAUAGUAGCAAUCUUAAUGGCCGAUAUUUGCGCGGUGAAACGAAAGAAUAUGCUUCUGGUAUGGUUUGGUACGAAUUUCGUGGACACUACUAUGCAUUGAAAUCUUCAAAGAUGAUGAUAAGAAGUAAGGAGUAA